AUGGCAGUGAGAUUAACCAUUAGCUCAUCAAGAGUUAAACUCCAUUUCUCCAAAUUGAAGGUCCCAGUGCCGUACUCCUGUGCCCACCGUUCAUCCCUGCUUCACCCCAAACCAAGAGCCAACAGUUCACAGACAAACACCGGACAGGCCUGUUCUCCUAAAGUGGACAUUAUGUUCAUGAAGACUCAUAAAACAGCCAGCAGCACCUUCCUCAACAUACUUUUCCGCUUCGGAGAAAAACACAGGCUCAAAUUUGCCUUCCCCGACAGCAGAAAUGACUUUGACUAUCCGUCCCUGUUCCAGCGCUCUUUUGUUAAAGACUACAAACCUGGAAUGUGCUUCAACAUCAUCUGCAAUCACAUGCGUUUCAACGCCUCUGAAGUGGAGAAGGUGCUACCCACAGACACGUCCUACAUCACCAUUCUGCGAGACCCUGCAGAGCUUUUUGAGUCCUCAUUCCACUAUUUUGGUCGGUUGGUACCUUUUACCUGGAAGAUACCAGGUGAUGACAAGAUGACAGAGUUCCUGCUCAACCCCCACAGCUACUUUGAUCCAGAGGGCUUCAAUUCUUUCUACCUCAAGAAUCUGCUGUUCUUUGAUUUUGGCCAGGACAACACUCUGAAGCUGGACGACCCACGGGUAGAUGAAGGAAUCAAUUUAAUCUCUGAGCGUUUUCAGCUGGUCAUGUUGGUGGAAUACUUUGAGGAAUCACUGAUCCUGCUCAAGGAAGAACUCUGCUGGGAGAUGGAGGACUUGCUCUUCUUUAAGCUCAAUGCCCGCAAGGGAUCCACUGUGUCAAAACUCACCCCCAAGCUGAGGGCCAGGGCCCUUGAGUGGAACGCCAUCGACUGGAAGCUAUACCAGCAUUUCAACCGGACAUUUUGGAAGAAAGUCAACGCUUAUGGACGGGAGCGCAUGGCUGAGGACGUGGCAGAACUCAAGAAGAGAAACAAAGAGAUGACAUCGGUCUGCAUUGAGGGGGGGCACGCUGUGGAAGCAGGCAGCAUCCAGGAAACAGACUUGCAGCCCUGGCAGCCAAUCGGAGAGAAGUCGAUCAUGGGCUAUAACCUGAAGAAAAACAUUGACAGUGCCCACCAGAAGUUGUGCCGUAAGAUGUUGAUGCCAGAGAUUCAGUACCUGACAGAACUGGGUGUGAACCUGUGGAUCACCAAGCUGUGGGGUCAUGUUCGAAAUAUCAUCAACUGGUGA